UUUGCAUCAGUAAACCCCUAAACUACAUAGGGUAUAUAAAUCAACACCCUCCAAACCCUAAACUUUAGAAACUUCCCAGCCUCCCUCACUCGUACAAAAUUCUGAGACUCGAAGAUCUUCAAACCUCGUUCCAGGGAUGGCUCCAAAACAGCCAAAUACUGGUCUCUUUGUGGGUUUGAACAGAGGUCAUAUUGUAACUAAGAAGGAGUUGGCGCCGCGCCCAUCCGAUCGCAAAGGGAAAACCAGCAAGAGGGUUCACUUUGUGAGGAGUUUGAUAAGGGAAGUAGCUGGAUUUGCCCCUUAUGAAAAGAGAAUCACCGAACUUUUGAAAGUUGGAAAAGAUAAGCGUGCCUUGAAAUUGGCCAAGAGGAAAUUGGGUACACACAAGAGGGCAAAGAGGAAGCGUGAGGAGAUGUCCAAUGUGCUGCGAAAGAUGAGGUCUGCUGGAGGAGGAGAUAAGAAGAAGUGAAGUCUGUGUUGUGUUUGAUGAUCCUGCAAAAUAUCUUGUAGGAGCCUUGAGUUUUGAAUGCUUAAAAGUUGGAAGUAACUUUUUUAGAGAUUUUGUUUAUCCAUCCAAUAUUCCUUGAGUAUUACUGUUUUACAAUAUUGGAACCCAUUCAAACCUUUUUCUGUUUGUAAUCAAUGACAAUGGUUAAUGUAGGUAUUACAGUGACUAUAAUUCCAAUGGCGCUUCAUUAUUUUCUUUU